CCUUUCUCUCUCUGUCUCUCUCAAAGUACACCAAGUCACCAAGUUCUCCAUCUAAGUCCCGUUUCCCUGUCUCCACCCUUCCGAUCUGUCCAUAACUGUAAUUUAUCUGCUGCGAACAACGAUCUCCGGCUCUCCGAAUCUCCGACUGCUCGAGUUCGUGGCGAAAAGGUGCGGACUUCCGCACGUUCUUUGUUCGAUUCCGCGGCGUCACUCCGAUUGUUCUUGCGGGGCUUUUGGCGUGGUUGUAUCGGGAUUCGUGCUGUGGCUUUAAUUUUCAAGAGGAAUAGAGCAUUAGAGCGAGACUGUGUGUGUGUGUGUGAGAGAGAGAGAGAGAGAGAGAGAGAGUUUUGAGCUUUUUCUCGUUUUCAAGCAGAGGAUGAGCUACGAAGGAUGAACGAUGCCAGUACUGCGUAGUGGAGCGCGCAGGGGCCGGGCAGCAGCGAAGCAGCAGCAGCCGAAUCCGAUCGGAGUGGGUGAGGGGAUUGCGACGAGGACGCGGCGAAGGCGUGCGGCCGCAGCAGCAGCAAACAACAAUAACAACAACGAUAACAUUAACAAUAAAGGGCAGAGAGGGGUCAAUGAGAACGUAGUUGUUGCGGCGGCGGCGAAGGAGGAGGAGGAAGAGGUUCGGGGAUUGGAGGGAGGUGGUGGGGCGGAGAAGGAGGGGGUGGGGGAGAAGCAAAUGGAUGAUUUCGAGAGUGGGGGGAAGAGCAAUGACAAGGCUCCCGUCGGUGAAGACGAAGGAAGCACCGCUCCGCUCCCUGAGAUGGUUCAGGUUGGUGGUUCCCCGUUGUACAGAAUAGAAAGAAAGUUGGGUAAGGGUGGCUUUGGACAAGUGUAUGUUGGUCGGCGUGUUUCUUCAUUAAAUACAAAUGAGAGAACUACUGGCACUGGAGCUGUGGAGGUGGCGCUAAAAUUUGAACAUAGAAGUAGCAAAGGAUGUAACUAUGGACCACCAUGUGAGUGGCAAGUUUACAACACUCUUGGUGGUAGUCAUGGAGUACCACGUGUACAUUAUAAGGGCCGUCAGGGUGACUAUUAUGUCAUGGUCAUGGAUAUGCUGGGUCCAAGCUUGUGGGAUGUUUGGAAUAAUAACUCUCAGACAAUGUCCAUUGAAAUGGUUGCAUGUAUUGCCAUUGAAGCAAUAUCCAUUUUGGAGAAGAUCCACUCUCAAGGAUAUGUGCAUGGCGAUGUAAAGCCAGAAAAUUUUCUGCUUGGUACUCCAGGGACCACUGACGAGAAAAAACUGUUCCUAGUUGAUCUUGGAUUAGCUACUAGAUGGAGAGAUAAUACAACUGGCCUGCAUGUUGACUAUGACCAGAGACCUGAUGUUUUCAGGGGAACAGUGCGUUAUGCUAGUGUGCAUGCUCAUUUAGGGAGAACUGGUAGUAGGAGAGAUGAUCUAGAGUCUCUUGCAUAUACACUUGUUUUCCUUCUUCGAGGUCGUCUGCCUUGGCAAGGGUACCAGGGAGAGAAUAAAGGGUUCCUUGUUUGCAAGAAGAAGAUGGCAACAUCUCCAGAGACCUUGUGUUGCUUCUGUCCACCACCUUUCAGACACUUUGUUGAAUAUGUGGUGAACUUGAGGUUUGAUGAAGAACCCAAUUAUGCAAGAUAUAUUUCUCUGUUUGAUGGAAUUAUCUGUCCAAAUCUAGAUAUCAGGCCAAUCAACACAGAGGGCGCACAGAAGCUUAUUGGUCAUAAGAGAGCCCGGUUGGCAAUGGAGGAGGAAGAAGAUGAUGGACAGCCGAAGAAGAAGGUUCGUUUGGGCAUGCCAGCUACACAGUGGAUUAGUAUUUACAAUGCUCGUCGACCUAUGAAGCAAAGAUAUCACUAUAAUGUAGCAGAUACAAGGCUUUCCCAGCACAUUGAUAAAGGAAAUGAGGACGGCUUAUUUAUCAGCAGUGUAGCCUCAUGUCAGAACCUUUGGGCCCUAAUUAUGGAUGCAGGAACUGGUUUUACUUCACAAGUUUAUGAGCUCUCACAACAUUUUCUUCACAAGGAAUGGAUAAUGGAGCAGUGGGAAAAGAACUAUUAUGUCAGUGCUAUAGCUGGAGCAAUGAAUGGGAGUUCCUUGGUAGUAAUGUCUAAGGGUACACAAUAUGUACAGCAGUCUUACAAAGUUAGUGAUUCGUUUCCUUAUAAGUGGAUAAACAAAAAAUGGAGGGAGGGCUUCUAUGUUACUGCAAUGGCCACCUCAGGAAGCAGAUGGGGAGUUGUUAUGUCUCGUGGUGCAGGAUUUUCUGACCAGGUCGUUGAACUAGAUUUCCUUUACCCUAGCGAAGGUAUUCAUCGGCGGUGGGAUUAUGGAUAUCGAAUCACAGCAACUGCCUCGACUUGGGACCAGACUGCUUUUGUUCUUAGUGUUCCAAAAAAGAAGCCGGCAGAUGAAACGCAGGAGACGCUUCGAACAUCUGCUUUCCCUAGUUCACAUGUAAAGGAGAAGUGGGCGAAGAAUCUGUAUAUUGCAUCUGUUUGUUAUGGACGAACAGUUUCGUGAUCUGCUAAUGUUUGUGGCGCCGGUAGACUCUUUUUGCCUUGCUCUCUCAAUGCCUACUAUCCAAUUGGGAUACCCUGGUAUUCAGAAGUGGUUCUAUCCAGGCUUAAGAGAAAUUUUGAUGACUAAAUGCCCAAGUUAAAAUGUAACUAUAAGUAUAGAAACUGGGUUAAAACUCUUUUUGUCUUUUGUUUGUCAAUUGCUUUGGGAAUUCGGUUAUGUUGAUGUCAAUGAUAAAUUAAAUCCCAUCUUAAUGAAAAGAAGAAUUCUUUUUCUUUUU